CGGAGAUUCGGUGAUAGUCAACGUUCACUUCUGCUGAGGUUCUGUCUCGACUUUCUUUGUUACCGAUGAGGCGACUUGGAAGUGCAGUGAGCUCUGCGUUGUCAAACUGGGAAAGCAUCUCGUCGCCAAUCGAUCCCGACAGAAUGGCUAUCAUGGAAAGGUAUAGAAGCAGGCGGACACCAGAGGAAUGCGCAUUGCAGACACCGUUCAACGAGAAUGUUCGUUCUUUGCUGGAUGCUGUCGACACGCUGAGGCAGCUGUCCGUCGCGGAGGAAGGUAUCAAGCUUCCAACUAUAGUUGUUGUCGGGGACCAGUCGAGUGGCAAAAGCAGCGUCCUGGAGUCACUCGCUCAGGUGGACUUACCCCGCGGCCAAGGCGUCGUGACACGAGUGCCUCUAGUCCUGCGGCUUCAAAAUACCUCCGUCACUGAUCAGUCUCACCAGGUAGUUAUUCAGUACGGUGGCAAGAAGCGGGUUAUCGAGGAAGCUGAGAUCUCUGCGGCAGUUGUGGAAGCUACUAUCGAGCUUGCCGGAGACAAGCACAUUGUCAACAAGCCGAUAUCGCUGCACAUAACCAAGCCGGGUGCUCCUGACUUGACAAUGAUCGAUCUUCCUGGCAUUACUAGAGUUCCCGUCCAUGGCCAACCCGAGGACAUCGAGGAGCAGAUAAAGAAGAUCAUACAGGAAUACAUUUCUCCGAAGGAAACAAUUAUCCUCAACGUCAUCUGCUCGACGGUGGAUUUCCCAACUUGCGAAUCGAUUCUCAUGUCAAGGCAGGUUGACAGGGAGGGUGAAAGGACUAUGGCCGUCGUCACCAAAGUGGAUAUGUCGCCGAAGGAUUUGAAGGAGAAGGUGAUGGCGGACGUGGUCGGCAUCGGCUUGGGAUACAUAUGUGUCCGAAACAGGAUAGGUGAUGAAACUCAUGAGGAAGGCAGAGACAGGGAAGCCGAGCUCUUUCGAACUGAUCCCCAUCUCAGAGACUUACCCGAGAGCAUGCUGGGCAUCCGUCAACUUGCGAAGCGGUUGACAGAGUUUCAAGCCGAUAGCUUGCGGAAGAACUUACCGAAACUCGUGGGGAACAUCCGGAGUGCACUGACCGCCGUGAGGAGAGACCUGGAUGCUCUCCCUCAGCGCGUAGCAGACUCCGAGUCGGCGCUGCCUCUGGCCAUGGACUGCUACCAGAGCAUCCGGAGGUCACUCGAGAGGCUUCUCGCUGGUGAUUCUCUACCCGAGUUUCCCGACGACAAGCAGAUGAACUACGCUGCUCGGCUCCACGAGUAUUUCGUCAAGCUCUCCAGCCAGAUCCGUUCUAAUGGAGACGAAGGCUCUUCAAGCUCCGGGUCACAGAGAAAGCUGGAGGAGCUCCUUCACGAGGCCAAAGGCGUGACGCUGCCAAACAUUCUCCAGUCAUCGGUGCUCAAGCAAAUGGUGGCCUACAACGUGAAGGAGUUCCAUGAGCCGAGCAUUGCCACGGUUGACGAGGUUCACAACUACGCAGCCCAGGUGGUGAUGCCAGUGAUCAGCAAGAAAACCGAGGGGUACCCGAAGCACUGCUCAAGAAGAACAUGCAAGGCGUGCUCGAAAAAUCCCAGUCGGCGUGCAAGGAGUUCGUCCAGGACAAGCUCGAGAAGGAGACCACCAUCACCUUCACUCUCAAUCCAAAGUACAUGGAGCUGGUCGAGAAGAAGCAGCUCUUGGCGGUAUCGGAGAUGGAUUCUUGCGAGUUGUCCAAGAACAGGAUGUACUCCAAAUCCUCCAGCUCCAGCUCCACGAUGAGGGAGAUGAAGAACAGCUUGGAUUCGUACAUGGAGGUGAUCAAGAACAGGCUUUGCGACGAGGUUCCAAUGCAUCUGCGGUACUCGCUGGACAAGUCGCUGAUCGGGGAGUUUGAGACGGUGGUGAUGAAGAGCUUUGCGUCGCGGGACAAGUUGAUGGAGCUCAUGGCCGAGGACACGCAGCUCCAGUACAAGCGAGAGAGGCUCCAGAAGAAGCUGGAAGUUCUCGAGGUGUCGAAUCGCACAAUCCUAGCAGCGACCACGAUCUGAUUCGAUCGCCACAGAGAAAGGAAACACGAAUCUAUGUGCUUUACUAAA